AUUUUGUAUAAAUUAUCGUCAAAAUAAGGUAGAUAUUUAACGAUUUUUGUCAAUUCCAAUUUCCAUGUGCUUUUGAUAUUGAUAUUUCGAUUCACGUCCACAUGGUUACGAAGAUUUUCCGGGAAAAUUUCGUGGGAAAAGUUUUGUUCGAAGAACUGUCCAAAUGAAUUCUGGUAUCAGAAGAAGAGAAAGAUUUCCAAUUCUGUCCAUCGCUAUUCACUUUCCAGUGAAAGGCCCUGCGAGAAAUCAUUCGAAUCUCUCCCCACUACAAGACAUUCACCAGAAAAAAAUAUCAAGCAAUCCCAUCCCUAUCUGGCUCUUACUUUCUAUCUUCAAGAACGUGGUGAUUUGAUUUCCACUCCACCACUAUAAUUUGCACCAGAAGGAGCGAGAUACCACUCGUUGCGAGUUGCAAUCGAAGCGGACGAGGCCGCCUCUCUGAUUUACUUCUUCCUGCUUGGUGGGUAAACGUUUUUGCUGAUUUUCAACUUCAUUUCUUUGAAUUGUGAUCGUGAACUUGUGUGUAUCAUGCAUUGAUUUGUUUCCUGCGUAGAAGAACUUUGUCUGGGUCUGAUUCAAUUGUGGGGAAGAUGGUGAACUUGGGAUUGUUUUCUGGAGCCUCAUCGACGAAAUCGGUGAAUGUGAGGUUCAGAUUGCCAUACUAUACUCAGUGGGGUCAGAGCUUGAUAGUUUGUGGUUCUGAGCCGCUGAUUGGUUCGUGGAAUGUGAAGAAGGGAUUGUUACUGAGCCCUGUUCAUCAAGGAGAUGAGCUGAUAUGGUGUGGAAGUAUUGCAGUGGCCAGCGGAUUUGGAUGUGAGUACAAUUACUAUGUUGUUGAUGACAAUAGAAACGUCUUGAGAUGGGAGAAGGGAAACAGGAGAGAGCUAAUACUACCUCAAGGAUUACAGGGUGGGGAGGUCGUCGAGCUCCGUGAUCUUUGGCAGACUGGUGCGGAUGGGAUUCCUUCCAAGAGUGCCUUCAAAAAUGUUAUCUUUGGAAGAAGUUCGACUUGGAGCAUAGAAAGACCACUAGGAACUUUCUUUCAUAAUAAUUUGGAUCAGGAUGGAGAUUCUGUACUUGUUCAUUUCAAAAUUUGCUGUCCAAAUAUAGAAGAAGAUACAGCAAUCUAUGUCAUUGGUAGCUCUUCGAAGUUAGGACAGUGGGAGGUAAAGAAUGGGAUUGCACUUAGCUAUGGGGGUGACUCAACCUGGCAUGCAGACUGCAUUUUGCAAAACAGCGAUUUCCCCUUUCAAUACAAAUAUUGCAAACAUGGAAGAGCAGGAAAUAUUUCUUCAGAAUUUGGGCGAAACCGGGACCUUGUCCUUGAUGCCUCAUCACCAAGAUAUAUUUUACUUUCAGAUGGCAUGUUGCGAGGUGUUCCUUGGUGUGGUUCUGGUGUUGCAAUCCCCAUGUUCUCUGUAAGAUCAGAAGCUGAUCUUGGAGUCGGCGAGUUUCUGGACUUGAAAUUACUUGUUGACUGGGCUGUGCAGUCUGGUCUCCAUUUAGUUCAACUUCUACCUGUUAAUGAUACAUCAGUGCAUGGAAUGUGGUGGGACUCAUAUCCUUAUAGCUCACUUUCUGUUUUUGCACUGCAUCCAUUGUACUUAAGAGUCCAAGCACUUUCAGAGAAUAUUCCAGAGGAUAUCAUGCUAGAGAUUCAAAAAGCAAAAGUCGAACUGGAUGGAAAGGAUGUAGAUUACGAGGCUACUAUGGCUGCUAAGCUUUCACUUGCCCGGAAAAUUUUUGCUCUGGAGAGAGAUUCAAUACUGAAUUCCAGUUCCUUUGAGGAGUACUUUUCUCAAAAUGGGGAAUGGUUAAAACCCUACGCUGCCUUCUGUUUUCUGCGGGACUUUUUUGAGACAUCAGAUCACAGCCAAUGGGGUCGUUUUUCUCAAUUUUCAAAAGACAAGCUUGAGAAACUUGUGUCGAAGGACAGCUUGCAUUAUGAUGUCAUCUGCUUCCACUAUUAUAUCCAAUAUCAUUUGCACCAACAGUUGUCAGAAGCAUCAAAUUAUGGAAGAAAGAAAGGAGUGGUAUUGAAAGGAGAUCUUCCAAUUGGUGUUGACAGGAACAGUGUAGAUACCUGGGUUUACCCUAAUUUGUUCCGCAUGAACACGUCAACUGGAGCACCUCCAGAUUACUUUGACAAAAAUGGACAAAAUUGGGGCUUUCCAACCUACAACUGGGAGGAGAUGUCAAAGGAUAACUAUGCUUGGUGGCGUGCUCGUUUGACUCAGAUGUCGAACUAUUUCACGGCUUAUAGAAUUGAUCAUAUAUUGGGUUUCUUUCGAAUUUGGGAGCUUCCAGAGCAUGCAAUGACUGGUUUAGUUGGAAAAUUCCGCCCUUCUAUUCCUUUAAGCCAGGAAGAACUUGAAAGAGAGGGCAUAUGGGACUUCAAUCGCUUGAGUUGUCCAUAUAUCAAGGCAGAAUUUUUACAGGAUAAAUUUGGAGCCGCUUGGGGAUUUAUUGCCUCACAGUUUCUGAAUGAAUAUCAGAAAAACUUUUAUGAGUUCAAGGAGGACUGUGACACAGAGAAAAAAAUUGUUACCAAACUGAAGUCACUUGUAGAAAAAUCUCUGUUGCCAAACCCAGAUGAGAUACGACGCGGUCUUUUUGAUCUUAUAAAGAACAUAGUUCUUAUUAGAGACCCAGAGGAUCCAAAAAGUUUCUAUCCACGCUUCAAUCUUGAAGAUACUUCAAGUUUUAAUGAUUUGGAUGACCACAGCAAGAACGUUAUGAAAAGAUUAUACCAUGAUUACUACUUCCAGCGGCAAGAGGAUCUUUGGCGGAAAAAUGCUUUAAAGACCCUGCCUGUUCUCCUUGAUUCUUCUGACAUGCUAGCCUGUGGAGAAGAUCUGGGCCUUAUUCCUUCAUGUGUUCAUCCGGUUAUGGAGGAGUUGGGAUUAAUCGGAUUACGAAUUCAACGUAUGCCGAGCGAACCUGGUCUAGAGUUUGGAAUUCCUUCUCAAUAUAGCUACAUGACUGUGUGUGCUCCAUCAUGCCAUGACUGCUCGACUUUGCGUGCGUGGUGGGAGGAAGAUGAAGAAAGAAGAGGACGAUUUUUGAAGAAUGUUAUAGGUUCUGAUAUCGUGCCACCUAGCCAAUGUAUUCCAGAGAUUGCACAUUUCAUCAUAAAGCAACAUUUUGAAGCUCCAUCAAUGUGGGCUAUCUUCCCACUUCAGGAUUUGUUAGCAUUGAAAGAGGAGUACACAACACGUCCUGCAAAAGAGGAGACAAUCAACGAUCCUACUAACCCAAAGCACUAUUGGAGAUAUCGUAACCACGUGACAUUAGAAUCUUUGAUGAAGGAUAGAGAACUCCAAGAAACCAUCAAAGGUCUUGCCCUGGAGAGUGGGAGAUCAGUUCCUCAUGAAGCCAAGGCAGCACCAAAACCAGUCCCUGCAGAUGUUGAAGCUGGUAUAGAAAAUAUUUCUUUAGCAACACAGUCCAAUGGAACACCACAAGUGGAAACACUUGCAGUCAAAUAAUGCAUGCUUUGAGUUGUGAGCAUCUUUGAGGUUAGUCUUUCCAAUUGUAAAAUAAGUGAUUCGAGGUAGCGGUUACGUUAGCUCCUGCAAACGUUUUUAUAAGCAAGCAUGAGAAGAUUCAAACUCAUGACUUCUA